GUGUGUGUGAGAGAGAGAGAGCGAGCGCGCGCGCGCGCGCGAGAGAGAGAGAGAACUAAAAUCCACGAUUUCAAGGCAUUCGGAUGAUACAAAUAUUUUGCUGAAGUAUUCAAGCUCGAGGAAGGUUACAGCACUCUGUAUUGUGUGUAUACAAAUAUAUAUAUAUAUAAUACACACAAGUGACUUGACUUGUAUACAAACAAGAAUUCAAAACGAUUAAAAUUACAUAGAAAAUUGAGUAGCUUUGAGUUGUUUGUACAGUGAGGUUGAGCUAAAUAUAAAUAUAUAUAGAAAUAAACAUAUGUAUUUAUACACGUGCGCAUCAAGUCCAGGAGGCUCGCGCUUGUUUGUUUGUUUGUAAAGCGAUGACACACAAGACGUGAUUUUAUAUUUGUAUAUAAACAUUGUUGUUUAUGAAAUUGCGUCGACGUUUCGUGAAUCGUCCCCCUUCUCCUCCUCCUCCUCCUCCUCCUCUCCUGUUCACUCUGGACUGAAAAACUACAGGAAAACUAGCUUUCACUGUUACCACCACCACCACCACCACCACCACCUCUGGAGAUAUAUGUGUAUAUAAACAUAAUGGAAUAGCUGAGAAACUUCUUAACAAACUACAAACAAUUUAUUAAUCGUUUCUUUUCGGAAAGAAACAUGACUCUGGACUCUAUAAUGGCGUGUUGCCUCAGUGAAGAGGCGAAAGAAGCGAGGAGGAUCAACGACGAGAUAGACAGGCAGCUCCGCCGGGACAAGAAGGACUCACGCCGCGAGCUCAAGCUCCUGUUGCUCGGGACAGGCGAGAGCGGCAAGAGCACCUUCAUCAAGCAGAUGAGAAUCAUUCACGGUUCGGGCUACUCUGAGGACGACAGGAAAAGUUUCACCAAGCUGGUCUACCAGAACAUAUUCACGUCAGUUCAAGCCAUGGUCCGAGCCAUGGACACCCUCCAGAUUCCCUACAAAUAUGAACACAACAAGGCCAAUGCAAAUAUUGUUCGCGAAGUGGACGUAGAGAAAGUUACAUCGCUUAUAAAUCCAUAUGUAGAUGCCAUUAAGAGUUUAUGGAAGGACCCCGGAAUCCAGGAGUGCUACGAUCGAAGGAGAGAAUAUCAGCUCUCUGAUUCCACCAAAUACUACCUGAAUUCGCUGGAUCGGAUUGCUGACUCGUCCUACGUGCCCACGCAGCAGGAUGUGCUGAGGGUCAGAGUGCCCACCACGGGUAUCAUCGAGUACCCCUUUGACCUGCAGAGCGUCAUAUUCAGGAUGGUGGAUGUGGGCGGCCAGCGGUCAGAGAGACGCAAGUGGAUCCACUGCUUUGAAAACGUCACCUCCAUCAUGUUUCUGGUGGCACUGAGUGAAUACGACCAAGUCCUGGUUGAAUCUGAUAACGAGAAUCGCAUGGAGGAAAGCAAAGCACUGUUUAGGACGAUCAUAACGUAUCCCUGGUUUCAGAACUCUUCAGUCAUUUUAUUUUUAAACAAGAAGGACCUGCUGGAGGAGAAAAUCAUGUUUUCACAUCUCGUAGAUUACUUUCCCGAGUAUGAUGGCCCCCAUAGAGACGCUCAGGCAGGGAGCGAGUUCAUCCUGAAGAUGUUCGUCGACCUGAAUCCCGACAGUGACAAAAUCAUCUAUUCUCACUUUACUUGCGCGACAGACACUGAAAACAUUCGCUUCGUCUUCGCCGCUGUCAAGGACACCAUCUUGCAGCUCAACCUGAAGGAGUACAAUCUGGUGUAAACAGACAAAACGAAACGCCUCUCCGGCUUGGGCUUAAGCUUCAAAUGACACUUAGAAGCCGUCCAGGGUGACGUCAGUUCUUUUUUUUUUAUUCUUCUCCCCAUCACAGGCAAAAUUGGAGACUGAUUUACCGUUUUGUCUUUGAACGAUAAUAUCCCCGAACACAAACUGCUCACUACUGCGUAAUUUAUUUGCACCUUGGAGCUUGUUCACAGGGUCCGUCUUGUAUUAUUUCAUUUUUUCAAUACGCCGCGCCGGGCAGGACACGGAUCAUGCUCUCGGAGAAAAAAGGUCUCCCCUACUGAGCCUUCUGCUCUGCUUUUAAACUCCUUUCCUUCCGGUUGGUAAACAGGUGCAGCUGGGAGGAAGCAAUUAGGUGACCUGAGAGCAGACAGUGGGAGGAGCCACAGGAGAGCAGGAGACAACACAAUCACAGGACAAGACAAAAUGUACGUCUUUGGACGUAACAAAAGAGAAAUGACGCUAAUGAGUUUUCCGAUCUUUGUGCCACACGAAGAAGAGCCACUGAGGAGGAGUUUUCUGGUUUCAUCCCGAAAAUGCUUCACACACUGAGUAUUAAUAAUGUACACACCUGGUUAAUUGCUCAGUAAAAUGGCUACUUUGGUCAGAUUAUCAUCUGAGGAUGGAGAAGUCAUUAGAGCUUUGUUUCCAUUGUAUUUCAGUACUUCAGCUGGUGACCGUUUUCUGUUCGGAGUCUGAGGAGACGGCGGGUUUUUACUCUAAAAGACGCCGUUUGUUGUCUUUAUGAUGAUUAACAGCGAAUGGUUAAGAGUUGAGUGCUGGUAUGUUACAAGUGCCGCACUUUUGCUUUUAAAUAUGCUUCUUAUAUAUUGCCAAAGGAAUAUACGCUCCACUAACGUUCGCCAUCCCUCUGUUUGUUUACGAACCUUUUUUUAAACACACCAUCUGUUUUUUUUAACUCCAGAUUUCUAACUCCACAACUUUAGUGUUCGCUCUAGAACUGUGUGUCAUCAGUAUUCCAUCGGUAUUUCAGCUGUUCAUCUGUUUCACUCGUGCUAUUUUUUUAUUUUUUUAACCUAGAAAGUUUUGGCACCCCUUCACGCUUCAGUAUAUUUUUCUUCAAUGAUGAAUUCAGGAUUUGCAAUCAGUGUUAAAAGGAGGCCAGUGUAAUGAACGACGGUGGGUUUCGCCAGUCGCUUUCUUCCAAAAUUACAGACAGAACGCCUGCAAAUUAGGACAACGUCCAUCAUCAUCAUCAUCAUCAUCAUUAAAGUUUUUUCAUUGAAGUUUAUUUCAUCCUUAAUGGAUCCUUAUAAGCUUUCACAUAUGAAGGGCUGCUGUUGUCAAAAAAUAAAUGGCGUUGUUCAUGAUCUGUGAUGUUCGCCAUUGGAAUGUUCUGGAAAAUGAUCCAUAAUGAACUCCUUGGUUUUUUUUUUUCCUCUUAUGGGCUGUUGGUGUUAAUUCGCUGUUUAAACCAUUUCCUAAAAAUGACUCAAAUUAAACUUCACUUGCUUGUAAUCCCUGAAAAGGCUUCACUUUUAUGACCUACUGGAUAUAAUAUGUUGAUAAUAUGAUGAGUCUGUUAAAUAAGAUAACAGGAAGAAUGUCUACAUUUCCAGUCUUUCCUGCACACAAUAGCAACCAGUGUUUACAUAGAUUGAUUUUUAUUAUCCACCUUAUUGUUAUUAUUUCUUCUUGGUCUUUACUUCUCAUGGCAAAUAUAUGAAUUAUUUUCAAAAACUCGGCACGGGUCACAAAUAUUUGCCCGUCAGCCAAAUUGCACGUAAAACGAUCUCUUGAGCCGUACAGAAGACGACAUCGUCUACUCGCGAAUCGGAGAAACUUGAAACCAACAAAUUUCUGGAGCUUCUGAGUAGUAAAGCGUAAGUGGUUGGACUUGAAUGUCGAGAUCAUACAGCACAUUCCUUUCGUGUUCAGAGAGCUUGGUUCUGGGAAGCACUUUAGAAAACAAUAAGGAUUUUUUUUUUGUUAUUUUGUUCUCGUUGGUGUAAGUUUAAACAGUUUUGACGAACUUGAUCCUCAAGAAUGAGUGUAACUGAAUCGUCUGGAUGUUCUAAAUAAACGGUAUUCCAUUUUUUUUAAA